GCUUAAAAGCUCCUCAAUUUUUUACAUUUCACCAGCACAGCCCAAGAGUGAAAACCCAAGGAACAUCUCUACUGGGCAAAGAAGCCUUGAAGUCUAAUCAUCAUGGGUAUGAAAGACAUUCUGAAACUGAAGAAUAAAACAUCUUCUGGUGGAAAUAAGGACUCUCAUGUGGACUCCAAUGAUGAAAACAAGGAACGUGGAAACUGGUCCCGAAAAUCAGACUAUUUGUUGUCUAUGAUCGGCUAUGCUGUUGGUUUGGGGAAUGUCUGGAGAUUUCCUUAUCUUGCAUACAAGAAUGGAGGAGGGGCAUUUCUCAUACCUUACACGAUUAUGCUUGCAUUCUCUGGCCUCCCACUCUUCUUCUUGGAAUGCUCCAUGGGACAAUUCUCCAGCUUGGGUCCAAUUUCUGUUUGGCGGGUUGUGCCAAUCUUACAAGGUGUUGGCAUUAUGAUGGUGCUCAUUUCUACAUUAGUAUCCAUCUACUACAAUGUCAUCAUUGCCUACAGCUUGUACUACAUGUUUGCUUCAUUUCAAAGUAUCCUGCCAUGGUCAGAUUGCUUCAGCUGGUCCGAUGAAAAAUGCAGCAAAACUAUACGAGGCAUAUGCAGUGUACUAAUAAAUGACAGCAUAAGUACAACAAAUCUAACCUGGGUGAAAGAAAAUAACCAUACAUGCAUAGUCAACAGCACUGUCCUGGACGAUGUGGAAUUGCCAAGCAAACAGUACUGGGAGAAAGUAGCACUCCGUCAGUCCAGUGGCAUGGAUGAGACUGGUGAAGUUGUUUGGUACUUGGCUCUGUGCCUACUUUUAGCUUGGAUAAUUGUUGGAGCAUCUCUGUUUAAAGGAAUCAAAUCAUCUGGAAAGGUGGUGUACUUUACUGCAACCUUCCCUUAUAUAGUCCUUACCAUCUUGUUGGUUCGAGGAGCAACUCUAGAAGGUGCAUUUGAAGGCAUCAAUUAUUAUAUUGGAACACAGUCAAACAUUACAAAGAUAAUGGAAGCAGAGGUUUGGAAAGAUGCUGCUACUCAGAUAUUUUUUUCCCUCUCCACGGCCUGGGGUGGACUCAUCGCUCUGUCUUCCUACAACAAAUUUCAUAAUAAUUGCUACUCAGACGCACUCAUAGUCUGUGUAACCAACUGUGUCACCAGUGUGUAUGCCGGAUUUGCUAUAUUUUCUAUUUUGGGACACAUGGCGUAUGUGUCUGAGAAACCUGUUUCCGAAGUAGUAGAUUCAGGCUUUGGGUUGGCAUUUAUUGCAUAUCCAGAAGCUUUAACUCAACUUCCAAUUUCCCCUCUUUGGUCGUUCCUGUUCUUCUUUAUGCUUCUAACUUUGGGUCUGGACUCUCAAUUUGCAAUAGUAGAAACUAUCACAACAUCCAUACUAGAUGCGUUUCCUGAGUUGAUGAAAAAACAUCGGAUCCCUAUCACCAUUUGCUGUUGCUGUGUUCUGUUUCUUCUUGGGCUCCUUUGUGUUACUCAGGCCGGAAUUUAUUGGGUAAAUCUGAUUGACUACUUCUGUAGUGGAUGGGCCAUUCUUUUUGCUGCAGUGCUUGAGCUAAUUGGCGUUUGCUGGAUAUAUGGUGGCAAUAAUUUUAUUAAGGACAUUGAAAUGAUGAUUGGAAAAAAGCACUGGAGCUUCUGGUUGUGGUGGAGAGGUUGCUGGAUGUUUGUUUCACCAGCUUUAUUAGUGGCUAUUCUUUUGUGGUCAUUGAUUACUUUUGAACCUCCAUCAUAUGGGAACAUCAGGUAUCCUACCUGGGGGAUAGCUCUGGGUUGGUGUAUGAUAAUAUUCUGCCUUCUAUGGAUUCCAAUUGUAGCUGUAAUAAAAGUUGUUCAAGCAAAAGGAAACUUUUUGCAAACCUGCAGACCAGCUAACAACUGGGGACCGGCACUGGCCCAGUAUCGUGGAGAACGUUACGAACAUAUUGCUGACAACACUGAACACAAAGAUGCUAAUGAGAUAGCAACGGUGACAUCGAAGACAGGAUAUGAUAAUGUCACUUAUUUUUGAUGAAACUUACCUACUGCUGGCCACUCUCAGAGAAAGUAUGGAUGAAGAGAGCACUUUCUUAUUUCUAGUCCCUCUACAAAAAAUUGUGUACAGUAUAUACAUAAUGGACACCUAUUUAAUUUUGUAUAUAAAACAGUUUGAGAUGAAUUAAUCUGAUUGCAGAAAACGUCACAUAAAUGAAGUAGGACUACAUUACAACAGUUAAAAGAAAUUUGCUUCCUAGUCGAAAAAUCAAAGACAAAAAAUUGAUUUCCAUCUAAGAAAUAAUGCAAAUAGAAUAUUUUCUACAUACAGGGACACUGGCCAUCCAUAACAUUUGUACUGUUUGCCAAUGUGUUAAAGUGAAAAUAAUGUUAAAGGGGUUAUCUCACUAUAAGGCUUCUUUCACACGACCAUAUGUGUCCCAUGUGGGUCAGCCGCAUGCGGAUCGCCGACCCAUUCACUUGAAUGAGGCCUAAAAGUGAAGCUUUACUCAGCAAUCAACUGAUCUGGGCCCAGCUUCUGCCCCUGGCAAUCAGCUAAAAUUACCAGCUAGCCAUACAUUUCCCCUGGGGCAUCAUACAUUGUGUGUAUUGGGUCUUUUAAAUUUAAAGUAGUAUUACAAAUACAUUGGGUUCUUUCAAAUGUGUCUUUUUGAUACAGGGUUUUGCUGCUGUUUUUGCUGCCUGUAUCUGACCUCUAAAGCAAUUUAAAGUGUUAUCCUGAAAGUGAUUGACAUAAUGAAACCAAGACACUUACCUAUUCACUGGUGCUCAGUUCCAUCGUACCUGCUGGUUCCGGACCCCUGUGAAAGUGUUACAUCAAAGGGUGUACACAAAUCUCAUAGGGAGCCAUAGUGAAGCAUAAUAUGGACCCCCCGCCCUACCUAGUUUCCCAGUACUCAUGUGUCAAACAAUUCAAGAAUUCAAAGCACAAUGUCCUGGAUUUGAGACCACUUUUUACAAUUCUGCACUACACUAAUUUCACGGUUUAUUGCUCGGUCAUACAACUUACCACCCAAAUGAAUUUUACCUCCUUUUCUUCUCACUAAUAGAGCUUUCAUUUGGUGGUAUU